AUGCUGCCGCCCGUCGAACAGUCGAUCCUCGACAACAAUCCCGACUUUGCAUCCCUCCACCACACUCUCACAACUGUCAUCCUCAACCCAGACGGUUCGACCAAGAACGAUAUCCUCCGCAAAGAGCGCGAAUCCGUCCAUAACGACCUCCGCGCCCACCGCAAAACCCACGCAAAGCACCACCUCCUAACCCACGCCCUCGCAACAGCAACACCACCCCCAGCCCCAGCACCAAAAGGCACAAUCGGCAAGCCCCGCCCCGCCGCCCAGCCGCCGUCCCUACCGCCGUCCCUCCUCGACCUCCUCAUCCUGCUGCCCGCGUUCCUCGACCCGUCAGCCCCGCCCCUGACGCCCGCCGAAGCAGACACCCUCCUCGCCCACCCGCCCCUCUCCGACCUCCCGACCCUCCUGCCCGCGCUGGGCCCCCUCGUCAGCACAGCCCUGCAGACCGUAUCAACGAUCUCGUGCGCUUUCUAUAACUAG